AUAAACAGCUGUUCGAGUUGUCAAAAUAACCUCAAUCUUGUAGCACCGCUAAAAAUUGGCAAUAUUAAUGCGUGAUAGUGAUUAUUUAACAAUUUGUUUGUGCUCAGUGCAAUUGGGGAUUCUAAAUCCUUAACCAAAAAGUGAAAAUAGUGCAAUGCGUAUACGUCGUCCACGCGGUGUUACAGUGCAGCAAUUGAUGGUAGUUACUGCAAUCGGUUUCUUGGGUGGUGUAUACAUUUGGAAACCACUAAUAUUGAAAUAUCGUGCCGAAGGCACUCAACCAAAGGAAGACAGCCAUAAUUUAAAAGAACCAAUUGGGCCGAUAACUUCUAACGGUGUGCCUGCAAAUACAAUUGGGAAAAAAGUGGAAUAAAUACUUAAAAA